CCCGCCCCGCCGGGACCUCUCCUCUCCGGGCGGCAGCAGAGCCGCCUCAGGGCGAGCGGCGGCAGAGGUCCUGGUGGUGGUGGCUGUGGUGCGCUCUCGCUGUCCAGCCCGCCGGGAACAUGGCGACCGGCGGCUACCGCAGCGCCGGGGGCAGCACUACGGACUUUUUGGAGGAGUGGAAAGCCAAGCGGGAGAAGAUGAGGGCGAAGCAGGCGCCGCCGACCCUGGGAGCGACCGCCGGGGUGGAGGCCAGGCCGGCAGGGGGUGCCUCCUCCGCCGAGCUGAACAACAACAACCUGACCCCGGGGGGCCCGGCCGCCCCUUCCGACCGAGCGGCUCCCCCAGCCGGCGGGGCAGUCCACAGCGCCGCCGUGGGCCGGGCCGCUCCCGCCAAGGAGUCGCCGCCGGUCCUCGCCGGCGGCCGGGGGUCAGAGCCUGCCGCCAAGCCCCCUCCGGGCUCCCCCGAGGGCGAGGAGAAGCUGACCGCCAAGGGAAAGAGUUCCGGCCCCAGCGCCAGGAAGGGGAAGGGGCAGAUCGAGAAGAGGAAACUGAGGGAGAAAAGGAGGUCGACAGGUGUGGUGAACAUCCCGGCCGCCGAGAGCCUUGAUGAAUAUGAAGAUGACGAAGCAGGGCAGAAGGAGCGGAAGAAGGAGGAUGCUAUUACCCAACAGAAUACAGUACAAAAUGAGAGUGCCAGUGCAGAUACCUCUGUCUCAUACUUACUACAGGACUCCUCCAGGAUGGUUUCAAGCAGGUAUAAAAGCACAGCUAAUGCACCAGAAGAUGAUGCUCCAAAUAGAUAUUCCCGAACAGACAGGACAGCUUACAGCAGAUACAGCAGGGAUGCAAAUUCUUCUGGCAGUUCUGUACCAAAUAAUGCUUUGGAAAACAAGAUUGAGGAACUUGAAAGGGAACUUGCAAAGGAGAGACAAGAAAAUGCAAGAUUAAUGAAGAUGACCCAGGACAAGGAGGAACUAAUUGGGAAGCUGAAGGAAGAAAUUGAUUUAUUAAACAGAGACCUAGAUGAUAUAGAAGAUGAAAAUGAACAAUUGAAGCAAGAAAAUAAAACUCUCUUAAAAGUUGUUGGACAGCUGACAAGGUAGAAGAUUCAAGCCUCAAUGAGGAAAGAUUUAUAGACUACUGAUUGAACAUUAAGGUCAAUAUAGUAAAACUUCCUGUGUUGCAGUAUGUUAUAGUAACUGUCUUUAUAUUUAUUGUUAGGAAACCAGAUGAAUGUUUAUUUUCAUAGUACUUUCUUCAGUCAUUGAAAUGGCAUCAAGCUUGAGGUAUAUUUUUGGCUUUCUUUUCACAUAAGUAUAAUUUUUGUACAUAUUUCAAAAUACUACAUUCAAAAGUGUUUGGUAUUGUAUCUUCAGAUUACAUCUGGAUAAAUUACAAUAAUUUAGAAUUCAUAGCUCCAAGGUCAC